AUGUAUCCUUCAACGCCCAACGACAACUCCCAAGACAACGAGCAAUUCCGUGCCAACCGCCAACAAAGUCCUUCGGCGCAUCCAAACGGCGAUAACGAGGAUGUGGCGCUUCCGCCGACGAUGGAAGAUACUACUAGCGAUGAUGAGCGGACCCACCAACACAUUUCUUCUUCGAUUGCGAUCAGAACGAAUACCGACAGUACGGCUCAAAACAUGAUUCCACUGCUGCUGCCACAACCACCAACCUCGCUUUUGUGGAUGAUGUCUCAGCCAAAACGAAGGCUCCUCCCCAGCGACGCUUCUCCCGAAGAACGAAUCGAGUAUGGCAAGGGUAUCAUCAAGGAAGCUCUAGACAUCAUCGAUGGAAAGUAUGACCAAGUGCUUGAUUUUACGAACCCACAAUAA